CUGGCUUUGCCUCAAACGUCUGUCAGCCAGUCUAAUUUAUAGUAUAGACGCCGUCAAAGCUCAAGCUAGAGAUUUAUAUAUAUUGUAUAUAUACAAUGGGCAAAAAGCUGCGUUGCCCUUGUGGCAAGAAGUGCACAAUGUUCUGCGCAUUCAUCAGCAUCUGGGGUGUCAUCCAGUGUCUAUUAAUGGGCGUGUUCUGUUCCAUCAGAGCGCUAAGCUUUCUGCAUGAUAUCGCCAUACAAGAGGAGUACGAGGAGUUGCAUGAGUUCAAAAAGGAUGCGGACAAGCAGUUUGAUCGCACGGCCCUCACCUGUUAUGCCGCAGCUGCGGUCUAUGCAGUUUUAGCCAUAAUCUGCAUAGUUUGCUAUCGCAUACGCUACAAGCCCAAAAGUGAGAUAAGGGAGCUGCGGAAAAGUUCUAUGAUGGUUUCACCAAAUGUUAAGCCCCAGAAACCGAAGCAACGCACGUCGAAGCGCAAUACGCGAAAGUAAAAAUAAAGGAUCUAAUGUUAAUAAUAAACAAUAAACAAAGGCACUUGGCAAUAAACUCUACACUUACU